CUAUUUCGUGCUUCGGGCCAAAAUCAGGCUCGGCUCAGCCCUAAACCUCCAAGCAUUGCUCACGCCAAUCCAUCUUCUUGUUCUUCUUCGUCGCCGGCGGCCCAGCGCGCGCGCUCACGCCGUCGAACCCGCUUCCAGCCUCAUUCCACCGAAGCACGGCAUCCUCCCUCUCGUCGUCGUCGCGGUCUUUCCCCUUCCCGACUAGUGGUACUUGAUUGACGUGGAGUGGCGAUACAUCCGGACCUGGGAUUGAUUCCUUUUGUUGGUAAGUAACCCUAAUCUGCUCGAUGAUAAGGAAAUCAUGGAUUUUUUUUACAAGAGACACGGGUUGCUCUGGGAGAUGUUUUAUCUUCUGUGAACAUUUUUUCGAGGAACCUGCUGUGAACAUCGAAUCCAAAUGCCCCUUUCUUUCCGUCAGUUAGAAGCGGAUUUCGUUGCUGCAUUGGUGGAGCACUGAUCUAAUCCAUCCAUUUGCUCCAUUUUCUCUUCUUCUUCUUCUUCGCGCGCAUAGGAUUUUGAUUGGACCCGAGGUCCGGGCGCAGUCCAUUUUCCAAGAAAAUAUCGGACCCUGCAUCCAAGAGAAGCCUCCCUUCUCGGAUGGGUUCUUCUAAAGAUGGAGAGGACGAGUCAGGCAAGAAGAAACAUGCGGGCACUUCCCGGAAUGCUCAGAAAGAGCCGGAUUUCUCCAAACUUUUGGACAGAGUUGUCUUUGUGCUUUCAGGGUUUGUGAACCCUGAGAGGAGCACGCUGCGCUCCCAAGCGUUGGAUAUGGGUGCGGAGUAUCGGCCAGAUUGGACAUCAGAUUGCACCCUUCUUGUUUGUGCAUUUGCCAACACCCCCAAGUUUCGGCAAGUCCAGUCAGAUAAUGGAACCAUUAUCUCGAAGGACUGGAUCUCUGAAUCUCACAGACAAAGAAAACUUGUGGACAUUGAGCCUUACCUUAUGCAUGCUGGAAAACCAUGGCGAAAAAAUAAAGAGCUAGUCGAAUCCGAUCAAGAUCAGAAGAAGGAGCGCAAAGAGCAUCAAAAGCAAGUUGAGAGAUCUCAUAUCAGCUCAUCCUCCUCUGCUGCUGUAGAGGUGGGACAUUUAGAGACUACAAACAAACAAUUUUCUCCAUCAAAAAUAAAACAAUGGGCAAUGGAUGAUUUGACACAGACUGUAUCAUGGUUGGAGAGCCAAGAAGAGAAGCCAGAGCCAAGUGAAAUGAAGUCCAUAGCUGCUGAAGGGAUUGUCACUUGUCUGCAAGACGCCAUAGAAUCUCUCAACCAAGGCAAUGAUAUCACUGGAGUGGCUGAGCAGUGGAGCUUUGUCCCCCAUGUUGUCAACGAACUGUUGAAACUGGAUGUAAGAAAGGAGGCAUGGUUACCUAAAGAACAACUCUCCCAAUUAGCAAUCAAAUGCAAGAAAAUUUACCAAACUGAGUUUGCUCGCAUGGUUAGUGGUGAUAAGGGGAAGAGACAGCAAGAUACUGAGCAUCACAGCAAGACUAGAUCAGAUGAUGGUCAGUAUGACAGUGAUGCUACGAUCGAGAUGACAGAAGAAGAGAUUGAACUUGCCUGCAGACAACUCCCAGGGAUAUGCGGCUGAAACUAGUUUGGUAAGUGUUCCAAAGAUGGAUAUGCGGGUGAAACUGUCUUAGGUCAUGGCAAGUGUUCCAAUACUGAAGAUGUCCAUCUCCUAUGCCUUGUAUGGAUAGCUGCCAGAUGUAAACUGAGCACAGUAUGGUCAAUGGAGAUCAAAAUUUCAUAA